AUGAAGGCGAUUGGUCUCGGGCACCUGGCCAACAUCCAGGCCGUUCUCGUGGCCAUGGAGGAGAUGGGACAUGCCGUUGGCAGGGGCAAGCUCUACCCCGCCCAGAUACCCAUUGUGGUCGAUGGACCUGCCGACGUCGAGCUUGUUCAAUGGCUUUAG